AUGUGGAUGGCAUUGGAGUCUGAAGUUAAACAGAACAAGUUGACAACUUUUAAUAAUGGAAGGAGAAAAAUACAUUUUAUUUUAUUUUAUUUAUUUCAGCUUUACCAACAAGGCCGUUUAUGUCAACUGGGUAGCGAAUUUUGUGAAUUAGAAGUUUUUGCUAAAGUGUUGAGAGCUUUAGACAAAAGACAUUUGCUUCAUCACUGUUUCCAGGCUUUGAUGGAUCAUGGUGUGAAAGUUGCUUCUGUCUUGGCCUACUCAUUCAGUAGACGGUGCUCUUAUAUAGCAGAGUCAGAUGCUACAGUCAAAGAAAAAGCAAUCCAGAUUGGCUUUGUUUUAGGUGGCUUUCUCUCAGAUGCAGGUUGGUACAGUGAUGCAGAGAAAGUUUUCCUGUCCUGCCUUCAGUUGUGUACUCUACAUGAUGAAAUGCUUCAUUGGUUUCGUGCAGUAGAAUGUUGUGUGAGGUUGCUACAUGUUCGGAAUGGAAACUGUAAAUAUCAUUUGGGUGAAGAAACAUUCAAAUUAGCUCAAUCUUAUAUGGACAAGCUCGCAAAACAUGGCCAGCAGGCAAAUAAAGCUGCUCUUUAUGGAGAAUUGUGUGCUUUACUCUUUGCAAAAAGUCAUUAUGAUGAGGCUUACAAAUGGUGCAUAGAAGCUAUGAAAGAAAUCACAGUUGGUUUACCAGUCAAAGUAGUGGUGGAUGUUUUACGACAAGCUUCAAAGGCUUGUGUAGUAAAGCGUGAAUUCAAGAAGGCAGAACAGUUAAUAAAACAUGCAGUGUACUUAGCACGGGAACAUUUUGGAGCUAAACACCCAAAAUAUUCGGAUACACUGCUAGAUUAUGGAUUUUACUUACUCAAUGUAGAUAAUAUCUGCCAGUCUGUUGCAAUUUAUCAGACAGCCCUUGAUAUUCGACAGUCAGUAUUUGGAGGAAAGAAUAUACAUGUAGCCACAGCGCAUGAAGAUUUGGCUUAUUCUUCUUAUGUUCACCAGUAUAGUUCUGGAAAAUUUGACAAUGCACUAUUCCAUGCAGAAAGGGCCAUUGGAAUCAUUAAUCAUAUCCUUCCAGAAGACCAUCUUCUUUUGGCUUCCUCAAAGAGAGUGAAAGCACUUAUUUUGGAAGAGAUUGCAAUUGACUGUCAUAAUAAGGAAACUGAGCAGAGGCUGCUUCAAGAAGCUCAUGAUUUGCAUCUGUCUUCACUCCAGCUGGCUAAAAAAGCUUUUGGGGAGUUUAAUGUUCAGACUGCAAAACACUAUGGCAACCUUGGAAGACUCUAUCAGUCUAUGAGAAAAUUUAAGGAAGCAGAAGAAAUGCACAUCAAGGCAAUUCAGAUUAAAGAACAACUUCUUGGUCAAGAAGAUUAUGAAGUAGCCCUUUCAGUGGGACAUCUGGCUUCUUUGUAUAACUAUGACAUGAAUCAAUAUGAAAAUGCAGAGAAACUUUAUUUGAGAUCAAUAGCAAUUGGGAAGAAACUUUUUGGUGAAGGCUAUAGUGGACUAGAGUAUGAUUAUCGAGGUCUCAUUAAACUUUAUAAUUCAAUUGGCAAUUAUGAGAAAGUAUUUGAAUACCACAAUAUUCUUGCCAAUUGGAAUCGGUUGCGGGAUCGUCAGUUUUCAGUGACAGACGCUCUGGAAGAUGUAAACACCAGCCCGCAAUCCACUGAGGAAGUGGUUCAAUCUUUCUUGAUGUCUCAGAAUAUUGAAGGACAGAGCUGCUGAGGGUGAACCUCAAUUAACCAAUUUACCUUCUCCCAGAUUCCAGGGGAAUUCAUACUGUGAAAUCAAAACCAUGUAGUUUUCUGGGGCUGGAAUUUGCAUUGAAACACUGGUCCAGUCCAUUGAAGGCCCUGUUUGGGUAACCCCUGUCUCACAGAGUACCCGUAGGAAUAAGCGCGUAUUCAAUUUCUUAUCAGCAUGUACAGCAUGUGUAGUAGUCUGGCUCACAUUUUCAACCUAGUAGAACAAACACCAGAAGAUCCUAUUUUUUUCUUUUUCAAAGGAAGUCAUUUUGCAGAGAGCCUGCAAGAAAAACCCUAAAUAAAACUA